CAAAAAAAAAGGAAAAAAAAAAUUUCUAACCAUAUUAAUUCCAGUUCACGUUGUUUAGGAAUCCCUUUUCCUUAAGGUUUCCCCUGCUUUGUACUUGUGCAAUUGAAAUAAACACCCCUUAAUUUCCCAUUGUUGUUGAUUCUCUUCUACGGUCCAACUUCUUGUGCUCAUGUUUUUUUCCUAUCCUCUUUCUCUCCUAAUUAUGCUCAAAGCAGACUACUGUAUUCAGUCAAUUAAUUAAUUAUUUUUUGGUUGUGUUGUACUCCAAAAAUAAAUUCGCAGAAUAAUCACAGGCCAGUGGGAGUAUCAUAUUUAUGCAGAUGAAUUUCUAGAUGUUAUGUGGAGCAACUGCAAUGGGGUGCUCUGGACAGAAAGCUUUUCUACCUUUACUGGUGCUGGCAGGGACCGGAGCAGCUGCUAUUGGAGUGGCAAUUAUGUCUUCUUCGGGCAUGUUGGAGAAAACAAUAGCCUUCUUAAAAAACCAUUAUCAGCAAGAUGUUCUCAAGGUUGCUUAUGGUGAUGCACAAGAGGAUAGAAUCAGUCAACUGUCAGAUGAUCUUCUUUCUGAGAUCCUUUCACGGUUGGACUUGAUCGAAGCCAUUAGGACUAGGAUUUUAGCAAGAAGGUGGAACAAUAUUUGCCAAGUAAGGUCAAGGCUACUCCUUGAUUGCCGCAAGAUUUGUGGAGAGAGUCAGCGUAUUCAUACUGGCAGCCGUCGCCACAAGUAUAGGUUCUUGAAAGCAGUAGAUCAAACUUUACAGCUUUAUUCUGGUCAAAAGAUAGUUCAUAUUCAUUUGAUAUGUUGUUUGGGAAAUGAAGUUGCCCCUAGCUAUAAUAGAUGGAUGCAAACUAUAGCCACUUUAGGCGUAGAAUCACUCCUGCUCAAGUUUUGUACUCCUAUUUGUCAUGAUGAAAAUGGUCCCUAUAGCUCUGUGGACCUUUAUCCUUUGCCUCUUCAGCUGCUGUUUGAAGCAACUUCAUUGAAAAUAUUGCAUUUAUUAAACUGUGUCCUUCAACCAAGUUUCAAAGGCAAAUUUAAUUCCCUCCAGUAUCUAAAUUUGAUAAAUGUUCCUUUAGACAAUGGAGAAUUGCCUCACAUUCUGGCUUCCUGUGUGAACCUUCGGCAGUUGUCAUUGUGCAAUUGUAAACUUCCUCCAAAGUUACGCAUCUCUGGUCAGUGUCUUAAAUUGCAGAGACUGCACGUUGAAUUGUGUAUUGGGGUGAAAGAGAUAGAUAUCCAUGCUGUCAACCUGUCUUUUUUUUACCUAUAUAGCGAUAAAAUGGUGGAAUUGUCGCUUCAUUAUGUUCCCAAACUGAAAGAGUUGUUAGUCAGUGGUAAUGGCAUUGGCGUAGUGACUUAUUUGUUUGGUCAAGUUGUAAAGGACUGUCCAGCGUUAGACCUUUUUAUGCUCCAGACUAAAACUAAUGAGCUUGGACACAUGCCUGCCACGAUGAAUAUGUUCAGAAACCUGAGGAUGUUAUAUUUGUUGAUGAUAUUUGAGUUUGAAGCAGAUCUACAAAGUGUUGCCACUAUUCUGGACGCAUGCCCACUUCUAGAGAAACUGUAUCUCCUGGCUAGAUGGCCUGGUGUUAGUGAACAUUUAGGAGGGGCAUGGCCUGCAAGGCAUUAUAGUCACUUGAAAGAACUGGAAUACACAGGGUUUCAUGGAACCGGUUGUGAGAUUGAAUUUGUUGUUUAUUUGCUACAAAGUGCUCCGGCUUUGGAUCGAGUGUUUAUUGGCUCGGCGUACAGUACUUAUUCUGCAGAAUACAAAUGGACACGGUACACAGAUUAUGUGAUGGAUGAUGCGGAGCGCCAGCUGAUCUAUAAACAACUAGUGGAGCAUGCCCUUUCUAGCAAAGUGCAGGUGAUUUUUCGCAACUAGCGUGCACGGAACAAUGUUAGAAGUAUACCUCCUGGUGUAUCACUAUGCAACAUAAAAAGGUCAAAUCUCUUUCACUCAGGAGAGCUGCCUACCGAGUUAUUUCUCCCCUACUGCUGUACUCUUGUUCCGGCUUUCCCUGGUGUUGGUGAAGGUGAUUGAUUAUCUAUGCCCAUGUUUGUAAUUUACAUGUGGCCAGCUAAGUGCUUUACUAAGGAGUCUCAAUCCUUUGUAGCAUAAGUUAUUUUGUGAUAGCAGUAGAGGAUUCAGUAGAACUGAACUUCAUAAUGACUUUGAAGAGUUCAUCAACCUUGAUAUGAUCUAAUAAGUACAUGUUUACGGUGCGAUAAUUACAAAAAGAAAAAAAAGAAGGGGGGGGGGGUGUGUUCAUGGUGCUGACAUCUUGCUGCUUAUUACAUUUUAGUUACUAAAGAUUUGAAGUCCAUACCUUUU